AUGUUGUCCGAUGAUAUGAAACAACGCAUCGUAUCGUUCCAGACGCGCUGUCAAGAUUUGGUAGUCAAGUUCAACGGUAGGAUGAACCGCGACACGAACGUGACUAUUCAUCAAAUUCAGAAUGCUGCGCGACUUGAAAAGGCCUUAGAUUGGCUGAAGGCACCUGAUCCAUCACAAAACUAUAACAAUGCACGAGAAAGUCACCGAGAAGGAACGUGCCUCUGGUUCCUCACUGGAAAGGAAUUCUCAGAAUGGAAAGAGAGCACAGGGUCGCUACUGUGGGUCUACGGGAUCCGAAUCUACUCCUCUCUGCACCUGCAUGGAUCAGCGAGCAUUGUAUACAGCUCAUCCGCUAUCAAAGAUAUCACGAUCCAUUGUGCGGCUAAUCCUUCGUGCGCAAUCGCAUACUUUUUCUUCGACUCUAGGGACGCGCAAGAUGGCCUUCAGCGACACGGUGGCUUAGUUCGCUGCCUCAUCAAGCAGCUUGCGAUUCAAUGCAAUGGAAUGUCGCCUGCUAUAGAGAAGCUACUCGGGGCCGGCAAUAUGCAACCGUCCCUGGAGUCUCUCCAUAUAGCCCUUGAGCUUCUUCUCGUCAAAUUUGAACACGCUUAUUUGAUUGUUGACUCCCUGGACGAAUCUAUAGAGAGAUGGAAGGUUCUAGACUGGUUGAAGGAGAUCACACGGAGGGAAGCGUUCAAGCACAGGACACAUCUUUUGAUCACUAGUCGAGAUGAAAUCGACAUCAGAGAAUCUAUCGAAUCGCUGAGCGUCGUGAAGGUCUGCAUGGAGGGACAGGUAAUUGACGAUGACAUUCGAAUGUACCUCGAUUGGACAUUACGGACGAGUUUUCACAUGAAGAGGUGGGAACACGCCAGAAAACGGGAAAUACAGCAGAAGGUGUCAGCAAUGUCGCAGGGAAUGUUCCGUUUGGCUGCGUUGCAACUCGAGGAGCUACGAAAUUGCCACAGUAUUCGUGAAUUGGAGACGCAACUUGGCAAUCUUCCCCGCAAUCUAGAUGAUACUUACAAUCGCAUUCUAUCAAAGCUCGACGAAGCGCCUCUUCGAACAGCGUGGAAGCUUCUGCAAUGGCUAGCCUUUUCCGCUCGUUUGCUACGACUGAAGGAAUUGGCAGAGGUCGUCGGCGUUGACUUGGAGACCAAACCGUACCCUAAAUUCCGUGCUGACUCACGGUAUUCUGAUCCACAAAGCGUUCUAAUCAUAUGUGCCAAUCUUAUCAGCGUUUCUGUUGAAGGAAAUGUCCAGCUGGCGCACUUUUCUGUCAAGGAGUUUCUUCUCUCAAUAUCACACCGCUUUGGAUUCACAAUCAACUCGCAGUCGUCUCACUCGUUGAUUGCACAGACUUGUCUCGCGUACCUUCUUCAAUUUGAUACCCCAGAGAUUUUGAAGGAGGAUACACUCGACAAUUUUCCACUCGCUCAAUAUGCAGCGGAACAUUGGAUAUCCCAUGCUAAAUUUGGCACCAGUGACAGUAAUUCCGAUCCCCUGCAGGCUUUAAUAUAUGCAUUCUUCACUGCCGACAAUGACGCCCCCUUUAUUUCCUGGGUCCGUCUUUAUGACCUAGAUGAGCCUUGGUCCGAGCAUGACUUCGAAAGAGAGCCUCAUGGAUCUCGUCUCUACUAUGCUUGCUUAGCUUGCUUCCAGGAUAUAUCGAUGGCUUUGUUAGAGGCUGGCGGCGAUCCAAACACGAAGGGGGGGAAUAGGCUUAGACUUAGCGUGCUACAGGUUGCAUCAAGAAGUGGACAAUAUCGGACUGUACAAAAUCUACUCGCGAAAGGCGCGGAAGUGAACGGGGAGAGCUGGAACGGCAGUGCUCUAAACUUGGCAUCAGCGAGAGGUCACGGAGAAAUAGUGCGACUCCUGCUAGAAAACGAGGCAGACAUGAACAUGCGAAGCGGGGAAGGCCAGAACAGCGCUUUGCAGGUAGCAUCACUUGCGGGUCAUGAAGUCACCGUACGACUAUUACUCAAGAAGGGCGCAGACGUAAAUCUACUAGGAGGUCUAUUUAACAGCGCGCUGCACGCGGCAUCGAUGGAAGGCCACGAUCGAGUCGUACGAAUAUUAUUGGAGAACGGCGCGGAGGUCGAUAUGCCAGGCAAAAUGGGCGUUACUGCACUGCAUGAGGCCUCAGAGAAUGGCUUCUUGAACGUCGUGAAGCUCCUGUUAGAGAAGGGCGCUGAUGCAAAUAAGCGAGGUGGACACUACGGCACGGCACUACAGGCAGCAUCAGUGGGAGGCUACGAAGACAUCGUUCAAAUCCUUCUAGACAAUGGCGCGGACGUAGGGAUCCAAGGGGGAGGGUGUGGCAGCUCAUUGCAGGCAGCAGCAUCCGGAGGUAACGGGUCAAUCAUGCGAGUGCUGCUAAAGAACGCCAGCAUACCAGGAAAUGUCCUGAAAAGCUGGGACAGAAAUGCAGUGGAGGCAACGUUACGCGGUGGCCAUUUGAAGAUCGUGAAACUGCUGUUACAGAAUGGGGCACAGGUUAACGUGCCACUGGGAGGGCAGCAUGGAAGCGCGCUGGGAGCCGCGUCGUUCGAAGGUCACGAAGAGACGGUGCGACUGCUAUUGGAGAAGGGUGCAGAGGUGAACAUAGAAAACGAUAAAUACGGCACCCCACUGCGGGCGGCGGCAUUGGGAGGGCACGCAGAGAUUAUCAGCCUUCUGCUAGAGAAGGGUGCAGAGGUUAAUACACCGAAGGAGCCUCAUGGCAGUGCACUGCAGGCAGCAGCAUCCAAAGGACACGAACGAGUCGUGCGAUUACUGCUCGAAAAGGGUGCUGAGGUGGACAAGGAAAGUAAAGAAUAUGGCACCGCACUGCAGGCGGCGUCAAUGAGCGGACAUGAAUUGGUCGUGAAACUUUUAAUCGAAAAGGGCGCAGAGGUGAACAAGCGAAGUAAAAGAUUUGGCGACGCAUUGCAGAUGGCAUCAAGACGUGGCCAUGAGCACAUCGUGCGACUGCUGCUUCAUCAUGGCGCUGACGUUCACGUCCGAGGCGUUGGUCUAUAUGGGAGCGCGCUUCAGGCAGCGUCCAUAAGAAAGCACCAGGCAAUCGUGGAGUUGUUGUUGGAAAAAGGGGCGGUGGGGCCGGACGACGAUGCUGCAGGUGCUCAUUGAUGACCGACAUUUCCGAGCUAGUAGAUUUUAGCUGAUUGGUAUCCUAUCAUUCAAUGUCCGAUAGCGUAUGGAAUUGGACAGUUCGUCGGGAGAGUG